AUGGAGGCAGACCCGAAGGCCCGCUCGGACGGCGGUUCGAAGAACAAGUCGGCGUUGUCGAGUUACAUCAGGGUCUUCAAGUAUAAUGAUGGCCUGGGCUGGGCCAUGAAUGGCGGCGCAGUCGUCUGCAUGAUUGCCUCGGGAACCUUGCUGCCGCUCAUGGAUAUCGUGUUUGGCAAAUUCGUCACGGCUUUUAAUGACUUUGCCAUUGGGACUCUGACUCCCGACGGCUAUCGAGAGGAGGUGACCAAAUACACUCUGUACUACAUCUACCUAUUCAUUGCCAAAUUCGCUCUCGGAUACAUCUGGCUCGUUCUCGUUUCCAUGAGUGCCAUCAGAACCACCAAGAACCUGCGCAUCACGUUUCUGAGGCAGACGCUGCGGCAAGAGAUCGGCUAUUUUGACUCUUCGGAAGCAGGCUCGAUCACGGGGCAUGUGACCACAAAUGUCAACCUGGUCAACCAGGGCAUCUCCGAGAAGCUAGGCCUGACGAUCCAAGCCAUCGCGACGUUUGUGACGGCCUUCAUCGUCGCCUUCGCCGUGCAAUGGAAGCUCACGCUCAUCACCAUCGCCGUCGUCCCGACCAUCCUCAUCGUGACUUUCAUAUGCAUGGCCAUCGACACCAAGCAGGAAAACCAGAUCAUGGCCAUCUACGCCCGGGCGGGGAGACUGGCCGAGGAGAUCAUGGCCAGCAUCCGGAACGUGCAUGCCUUCUGGGCCUUUGAGAAGCUGUCGACCAAGUACGAGAGCAUCCUGGACGAGGCGAGAGUGGUGGGCUUGAAAAAGAGCCCCAACUACGCGGUGCUGUUCUCCGUCGAGUUCUUCUGCAUCUUUGCUGGGUAUGGCCUGGCCUUUUGGCAGGGCAUCAGAAUGUUUCACAGCGGCGAGAUCACACAGCCCGGCAACAUUGUGACGGUUAUUUUCGCGAUCAUCGUCGCGGCGCAAGCCCUCACGAUCAUCGCGCCGCAGCUGGUCACGCUGUCCAAAGCCACGGCUGCAGCCCAGGCCCUGUUCGAGGUGAUAGACCGGGAGUCUCAGAUAGAUCCCUUGUCGGAGAGCGGAUCCGCACCGGCGACUUGCGAAGGCGAUAUCCAGCUGCAAGACGUCGAUUUCUCGUACCCGUCUCGGCCCGGGGUCCAGAUCCUGAAGCAGCUGACACUCUCGAUCCCUGCGAAGAAGGUCACUGCCAUUGUCGGUGCAAGCGGCUCCGGCAAGAGCACCAUCAUUGGCUUGUUGGAAAGAUGGUUUGCGCCGGCGGCUGGGUCCAUCAAGAUGGACGGCGUCGCACUGGAUGAGUACAAUCUCAAAUGGCUGCGCACCAACGUGCGUUUGGUACAGCAGGAACCCAUCCUCUUCAGAGGCAGCAUCUUCUGGAAUGUCGCCAAUGGCUUGGCUGGAACCGAGGCCAUGGACUUGCCCGAGGCCGAGAAGAGGGCCAAGGUCGAGGAGGCGUGUCGAGCUGCCUACGCCCAUGACUUUGUCGAAAAGCUGCCACAGGGCUAUGACACUGUAAUCGGAGAGCGAGGCGCCAUGUUGUCCGGCGGCCAGAAACAGCGCAUCGCCAUCGCUCGAAGCAUCAUAUCUAACCCCAAGGUCUUGCUCCUGGACGAGGCGACAAGUGCCCUCGAUCCGAGCGCGGAGAAGAUUGUGCAGAGGGCCCUCAACAACGUCGCGGUGGACCGCACCAUGGUCGUGAUCGCACAUAGGCUGUCGACGAUUCGCGACGCCGACAAUAUCGUGGUCAUGUCCAGCGGCACGAUUGUCGAGCAGGGCACGCACGAGGAGCUCAUCAGAGCAGACGGCGCAUACGCCAGGCUUGUCCGGGCCCAGGACCUCAGCGGCGCCGAGGACGACGAGGACGAAGCCGAGAGGACCGAGACUGGGUCCGAUCCCGAACUCCACAUGCGCAAGACGAAAUCAGUGGCCCGGAGUGAGCAUGCCGUCGAUGAGACGCGAAUCGAGGGCGUUGGCGAUGAGAGGAAGAACCUUUUGACCUGUCUCUUUAUUGUCGUGCGCGAGCAAGAGUCAUUCUGGCCAUUCUUUCUGCUGGCGCUUACUUCUGCUUUUGGAGGCGCUACGUACCCUGCCCUGGCCAUCAUCUUCUCCCACAUCAUGGAGGCGUUCACUCUCACGGGGCAAGCUAUCCUCGAUCGCGGCAACUUCUAUGCCCUCAUGUUCUUUGUGGUGGCUCUCGGGAAUCUUGUCCUCUACGCCGUGCUCGGCUGGGUCUGCAAUGUCGUAGCUCAGGUCGUCAUCAAGAAGUACCGUCUGGAGCUGUUCAGGCUCAUCUUGAAGCAGGACAUAGCCUUCUUUGACCGCCCGCGAAACUCGACCGGCGCCUUGGCUUCGCGACUGUCCACGGAGCCGACUCAUCUCCAGGAGCUACUGUCCAUGAACAUCGGCCUCAUCCUGAUCAUCAUCAUCAACCUGCUGUCGAGCUGUAUCCUGGCCAUUGCGUACGGCUGGAAGCUCGGCCUGGCCAUGUCGCUAGGUGCCAUCCCGCCCUUGGUAUUCUCGGGCUACUUGAGGAUUCGGCUCGAGUUCAAGCUCGACGGCGACACGUCAAAGUGGUUCGCCGACAGUGCGGGGAUCGCCUCCGAGGCUGUGCUGGCCAUCCGCACGGUCGCAUCCCUCGCCUUGGAGCAGGACAUCAUCAACAACUUCAAGGCGACCUUGGACCACAUCGCAGCUCGGUCGAUUGCCAGCCUCGGCUGGACCAUGCUGUGGUACUCUUUGAGCCAGUCGAUGUCGUUUCUGGCCAUGGCACUGGGCUUCUGGUACGGCGGCCAGCUCGUCUCGACUGGGGAAUACACACCCACCCAGUUCUACGUCGUCUUCAUUGCCACCAUCUUCUCCGGCGAGGCCGCCGCAACAUUCUUCACGUAUAGCACGAGUCUCACGAAAGCUACGAAUGCGGCGAACCAUAUAUUCCAGCUUCGGAAGUCGGUGCGCUCCGAGAUGGACGAGGAGCAUGAUGCAGAUAGCGAGAAGCCUCGACAGAAUGGCCCGGAGCUAUCUUGCGACAGGUUGGAAUUUGCUUACCCGCAGAGGCCAAGCACCCGCGUGCUCAAGGGCAUCUCGCUCAAUGUGGAACCGGGGCAGUUCGUCGCCUUUGUCGGUGCGUCUGGGUGCGGCAAGACGACCAUGAUCGGCCUCCUCGAGAGGUUCUACGACCCAACGAGGGGUAUCCUAUGCUAUGACGGCAAAGAUGUCAGCAGCAUCCACCUGGGACAGUACCGUAGCGAGAUCGCGCUUGUCCAGCAGGAACCUGUGCUCUAUCAGGGCUCGAUCCGAGAAAACAUCCUCAUGGGCCUGGACGACAGCAAGAUCCGGGAGGGUGUGCCCGAGGAGCAGGUUCUCCAAGCCUGCCGGCAGGCCAACAUAGAGACCUUCAUCUCGUCCUUGCCGGACGGGCUAAACACCGCGUGCGGUUCUCAGGGCUUGCAGCUUUCUGGCGGCCAGCGACAACGCAUCGCCAUCGCUCGGGCCCUCAUCAGGAAGCCGCGCCUGCUUCUCCUCGACGAGGCGACGAGCAGCUUGGAUACAGAGUCCGAGAGGAUCGUGCAGGAGGCCUUGGAGGCGGCGGCCAAGGGAGAGACGGACGAGGGUGGCACGCCUACCAGACUGCGGACGACUGUUGCCGUGGCGCACCGGCUGUCCACCAUCAAGGGGGCAGACAAGAUCUUUGUGUUUGCCGAAGGGAGAAUUGUGGAGAGCGGCAGCCACGAGGACCUGCUAGGCCGAAGGGGGAUGUAUUAUGACAUGUGCUUGGGACAGUCGCUCGACCGAGCGGACAUAGACAUAGAAGCGCAACAAGCCACUCAGUUACCCACCGCUGCCUCGUUCUUCGACUAG